UCACAACACACACCAUGCAUCUCAAACAAAUUUCUAUGGUCCAUCCGGACAUCUCAUUUGUCUCCAUGGGGCUGGGCAAGACACUCUUGGUCGUCUUUAGCUUGCUACAUGCCUUAGUGUUAGCAACAUCAGUAGGUGUUGAGCAUGCAACAGAUGAUGUAUCCACCUACAUCAUACAUGUUGCACAUGUGCAUGCGACACCUCCAACUCAUGCCUCGCAAUGCAUGGACCAGCACGCCAUUGCACACUACACCUCCUUUCUCCAAGGGAUCCUCCCUUCUCACUUAAGCGAGCCAACACCACGCCUUGUCUAUGCAUACUCCCACGCGGCCACAGGCUUUGCCGCGAAGCUAGCGAAGCACCAGGCUACACACAUCGUGCACCAUCCCAGCAUCCUUGCCAUCUUCCCCGACAAGCGCAAUGAGUUGCAGACCACUCUGUCUCCCUCCUUCCUCGGCCUCUCACCGUCCAACGGCCUCGUACAGGCAUCGAACGAUGGUGGCACUGGUGCAGUGAUCGCAGUGGUAGACACUGGUGUUUAUCCUAAGAACCGUAGGUCCUUUACCGUUGACCCAUCACUGCCUCCGCCGCCGAGCACCUUCCGUGGCCACUGCAUCUCAACCCCUUCCUUCAACGCGACUGCCUACUGCAACAACAAGCUCGUCGGUGCAAAGUAUUUCUGUAGAGGGUACGAGGCUGCAUUAGGCCACCCCAUCGAUGAGACGCAAGAGUCAAAGUCACCACUUGACACCGAAGGCCAUGGCACGCACACCGCUUCUACUGCCGCAGGAUCUGCGGUCCCUGGCGCCAACCUAUUUGGCUAUGCCAAUGGCACCGCCCAAGGCAUGGCUGUGCGUGCGCAUAUUGCCAUCUACAAGGUGUGCUGGGCAAAAGGAUGUUAUGAUUCUGACAUCCUCGCGGGCAUGGAUGAGGCGAUUGCAGAUAGAGUAAAUGUCAUAUCUCUUUCCCUGGGUGGUCGGAGUGAACAACUCUACAAUGAACCCACGUCCGUUGGUGCAUUCAAUGCCAUCCGCAGAGGCAUAUUUGUCUCUGCUGCCGCCGGGAACGACGGCCCUGACAUGUCUACUGCUAAUAACCUUGCACCAUGGAUGGUCACGGUUGGUGCGUCAAGCAUAAACCGUCGGUUCCCAGCAAACAUUAUCCUCGGAAAUGGCGAAACUUAUGUCGGCACCUCCCUCUACUCAGGUCGGAACAUAGCUGCUUCUUUGAUACCACUAGUAUACAGUGGUGAUGCUGGCUCUAGAUUGUGUGAACCUGGGAAGCUCUCUCGCAACAUAGUCAUUGGCAAGAUAGUUCUUUGCGAGAUCGGCUAUGCCCCCGCACAAGAAGCUGCUGUCCAACAAGCCGGUGGUGUUGGUGCCAUCGUUCCAAGUAGAAAUGUCUAUGGUCAGUUCUUCCUGAGUUCACCCGACUUGAUCCCGGCAUCAACAGUGACUUUCGCUGACGCCAAUGCAAUCUAUUCGUACACGCAAUCGGCGGCGAACCCGGUUGCAAGAAUUGAAUUUCGCGGCACCAUGAUCAGCCAAUCACCAUAUGCUCCGAGGGUCGCGGCCUUCUCGAGCCGUGGACCUAACCGCUUUGUGGCUGAGAUACUCAAGCCGGACAUAAUCGCCCCUGGCGUCGACAUCCUCGCCGCAUGGACAGGAGAAAACUCGCCAAGCUCCCUCAGCAUCGACACGAGGCGUGUCGAGUUCAACAUCAUCUCUGGCACGUCCAUGGCGUGCCCUCACGUGAGCGGCAUCGCUGCUAUGCUCAAGGUGGCACGACCAGACUGGAGCCCUACGGCGAUCAAAUCGGCCAUGAUGACCACGGCUUAUGAGGUGGACAACGGCGGCAACGCCAUCAUGUCGUCAGUGAAUGGGCGGGCGGCUGGGCCAUUUGAGCUCGGUUCUGGUCACGUUGACCCCAACAACGCUCUCGACCCUGGCCUUGUGUACAACGCCACCACCGACGACUACAUCGCCUUCCUCUGCGGCCUUGGCUACACACCAAACCAGAUAGCGAUUUUCACAAGGGACAGCACGACGACCUACUGCUCACGUCGGCCGCCCAUCGGGGACCUGAACUACCCGGCAUUCUCCAUGGUGUUUGCGAGGUCCGGUGGUCAGGUAACGCAACGCCGCACCGUGACCAACGUCGGGGCGAACACCAACGCCGUGUACGACGUGACCAUCACCGCGCCGCCUGGCACUAGGCUCACGGUGGCACCAAUGAGGCUCACGUUCAACGCGCAGCGCAAGACGCUUGACUAUGCGAUCACCUUGUCGGCAGGGUCAAGCAACUCGCCAUACAACGCGUGGGGAGAUAUCGUCUGGAGCGAUGGCCAGCACAUGGUGAGGAGCCCCGUCGUGGCCACCUGGAAAUAAAUCACCACUUGUGACAUUGUAUCGUACGUUUAUAGUAAUUGAAGGCCAUCAUCUCAGAUGGUGCCAUGAUGUAAACGUAACAUACGUAGUACUGUAUGGAUGAACCCGGGAAAAACGCGUUGUCAUCGUUGUUCCUGCUACCGCUAGCACUUGCUGCUUGGCUGCUACUGUAUAAUCAGCACGUAUGCAUUAAUAAAUAAAUCUGAAGUAAAUUGUCCUCAAA